AAGGGUGAAAGGUUGGAGGAUUGGAAGAGUUCUAAAAAAGUUGACAGGAUGUCAGACGGCUUCCUUAUGGAAGUGUGUGUGGACUCAGUUGAGUCAGCCAUUAACGCUGAGAGGGGAGGCGCAGGUCGCAUCGAGCUGUGCUCCAGCCUUCUAGAGGGAGGAAUCACACCCAGCAUUGGCCUGCUGAAGGUGGUGAAGCAGUACGUCCGGAUACCAGUCUUCACCAUGAUCCGGCCACGGGGUGGUGACUUUCUGUAUUCAGACCGCGAGGUGGAAGUGAUGAAGACGGACAUCAACCUGGCAAAGAACCAUGGGGCAGACGGGCUGGUGCUGGGGGCGCUGACGGAGGACGGGAGGGUGGACACCGAGCUCUGCAUGGAGCUGCUGGCUGCUUGCCGACCAUUACCAGUCACUUUUCACAGAGCCUUCGACAUGGUGCGGGACCCUGCCACCUCCCUGGAGACGCUGAUAACGCUGGGGUUCGAGAGGGUGCUGACAAGCGGUUGUGACAGUUCCGUCCUGGAGGGACUGCCAGUCAUCAAGCGGCUGGUGGAGCAGGCUAAAGGGAGGAUAAUCAUUAUGCCUGGAGGGGGGAUCAGUGAACGGAACCUGCAGAGGAUUCUGGAAGGCUCGGGGGCCCAGGAGUUCCACUGCUCAGCUCGCUCCAGCAAGGACUCUGCCAUGAAAUUCAGGAACUCAUGUGUGAACAUGGGGGCCUCGCUGUCCGCUCCAGAGUACGCCCUGAAGGUGACUGAUGUGACCAAAGUGCGCACCCUGAAUGCCAUCGCCAAGAACACUCUGUAG